AUGUCUUUAUUCAGUAACAGCUAUGUGCUGAAGCCAUUAAGAGUACUCAAGAAGUACUAUAGCUUCAUUGGACCAGGUUUGGUGGUCAGUGUGGCAUAUAUGGACCCCGGAAAUUAUCUGACAUCAGUUAGUUCAGGAUCAAUGUAUAAAUAUAAACUUUGUUUCGUUAUCUUCAUGGCUAAUAUCUUUGCCGUCAUCCUACAAUCAUUAUGUAUCAAGCUUGGUACCAUCACAGGAUUAGAUUUGGCUGAAAUGUGUCGUGCUCAUUUACCUUUCCAUUGGAAUUUAUUAUUAUAUAUUUGCGCUGAAUUAGCCAUCAUUGCAACUGAUUUAGCUGAAGUUAUAGGAGCUGCCAUAGCUUUGGAAAUCCUUUUUGGGAUUCCUUUGAUUUAUGGGGUCUUCAUUACUGUCAUUGAUGUCCUUAUUAUAUUAGUGGCGUAUAAGAAAGAUGGAUCUAUGAAACAAACAAGAUUCUUUGAAAUCUUAGUAUCUAUUUUAGUACUUGGAACAUGUGUAUGUUUCAUUCUUGAAUUGUUCAAAUGUGAUUUUGAACCAGGUGCUAUGAAAGAAAUCUUACAAGGAUUCUUACCAGUUAAUAAAGAAAUCUUUAAAGAACAAACUGCUUUGUUUUUAAGUUGUGGAAUUGUGGGAAGUACCGUCAUGCCUCAUUCAUUAUUCUUAGGUUCAGCUUUAGUUCAAGCUAGAUUAAAGGAAUAUGAUAUUAAAAAUGGUCUUGUCAAUGAAGAUCAUCAAGCCCUUAUUCAUGAUGAACAACAUGAUGAUGAAGUGUUAACUUAUACCCUUCAUAAAAUAAGAAGUAUUUCCGAUGGAGCCAAAUUAUUAAACAAAUAUAGACCAUCUUAUAAAGCCAUCAAAUACUGUUUAAACUAUUCCUAUGCUGAAUUAGUGUUUUCCUUAUUCAUAAUCGCGGUGUUUGUCAAUUCAUCCAUUUUAAUCGUGGCAGGUUCGACCCUUUAUGGUAAACCAGAUGCCGAAGAUGCUGAUUUAUUAUCAAUUUAUGAAAUGUUAUCAUUCUAUAUCUCACCUGCUGCCGGAUUAUUAUUCGCUUUAUCAAUGUUAUUAUCAGGUCAAAGUGCAGGGAUAGUAUGUACUAUGGCAGGACAAAUCAUUAGUGAAGGAUUCAUCAAUUGGAGUUUAAAACCAUGGGUGAGAAGAAUCGUAACUAGAAUCCUUGCCAUUAUCCCCGUCGUGAUCGUCAUAAGUAUUUUAGGUAGAGAAGGAGUAUCUAAAAUUAUGAAUUCAAGUCAAGUGGUACUUAGUUUCAUCUUACCUAUUGUCAGUGCACCUUUGAUUUAUUUCACCUCCACUAAGAAAUAUAUGACAGUAUAUGAUACAUCGGAAUUAAUCCCAUCUAAUGAUGAAACAAGUCUAUUAUUGAAUAGUGCGGGACAAUCAAGACCUAAUAAUGAUGGAUUUGAAGUUAAAAAGAUCACGUUUGAAAAUGGUUGGUUUUUAAAAAUUGCCAGUAUUAUAUCUUGGAUUAUAAUUACAUUCUUAAACAUUUAUUUAAUUAUUGCAUUUGCUAAUGGAGCUGAUAUUUAGACUAAACUAAUUACUACAAAUUAACAACGUUAUUAUACAUAUAUAU